AUGGAGAAGACGCAGAGGUUCUCUCUGGAAAAGAAGGCAUUCCACGUUAGGUUUGAAGGCUUUGAGAAGGAAGAGGUUGGCUGGUUAAUCGAGCAUUUGGUGAAGGCUAUUAUGUUGAAGAGUUUCAUGGGUUUCAACAAAAAAUGCAGAGGAAAGUCCGGAGUUCACUUAACGGAGGUUGAGGUUGAUCAUGCUUUAGCGAGAUUCUUUGGGCAGAAAGGCGUGGUGACUAUCGUCCCUUUCUAUGUUGGAAAAGGUUUAUUUUUUAUAGAAACAGUUGAGGAAACCUCUUUUCUUCAAGAGUUGGGGAUUUUCAAGAUUCAGGGAGGGUACACAGUCAAAUUGAGAAGGUGGUCUCCUAGGGAAAAGACAGAAGCAAGGGUGAAAAUAUCAAUGAAGGAACACACUGUUCUUAUUGCUUUGAUUAAGGUGAAAGAUGGGAGGUGGGCUUUUACGAUAUCAGUUGUAGUGGUUGGAGUUGAAGACGAAAAGAGUGACUAUUUGACAAUAGCUACAACACGCCCAGAGACUUUAUUUGGAGAUACCGCCAUUGCAGUACAUCCUCAGGAUGAUCGCUAUUCUAGGUAUAUUGGUAGGAUGGCAAUUGUGCCAAUGACAUUUGGCCGUCAUGUUCCUAUUAUUUCUGACAGGUAUGUUGAUAAAGACUUUGGAACUGGUGUGCUGAAGAUAAGCCCUGGUCAUGAUCAUAAUGACUACCUUCUUGCUAGAAAACUUGGUCUCCCAAUACUUAAUGCGAUGAAUAAGGAUGGGACACUUAAUGAGGUUGCUGGACUGUACUGUGGCCUUGAUCGGUUUGAGGCACGGAAGAAACCGUGGUUAGAUCUUGAGGAGACAGGUUUGGCUGUUAAAAAGGAGCCUCAUACAUUACGAGUUCCCAGAUCCCAGCGUGGUGGAGAAGUAAUAGAGCCUCUAGUGAGUAAGCAGUGGUUUGUAACUAUGGAGCCAUUAGCUGAGAAGGCUCUUCAAGCAGUUGAAAGAGGAGAAUUAACCAUUAUGCCUGAAAGAUUUGAGAAGAUUUAUAAUCACUGGCUAUCAAAUAUUAAGGAUUGGUGUAUAAGCAGACAACUAUGGUGGGGACAUCGCAUACCAGUUUGGUAUAUUGUUGGAAAAGACUGUGAAGAAGAAUAUAUAGUUGCUAGGAAUGCGAACGAAGCUCUUGAGAAGGCUCAAGAGAAGUAUGGAAAAGAUGUGGAAAUUUAUCAGGAACCAGAUGUUCUUGAUACUUGGUUUUCAAGUGCAUUGUGGCCUUUCAGCACUCUUGGAUGGCCAGAUGUGUCUACACAGGAUUUUAAGAAGUUUUAUCCGAUUACAGUGCUUGAAACUGGGCAUGAUAUAUUGUUCUUUUGGGUGGCAAGGAUGGUCAUGAUGGGAAUUGAGUUCACAGGGGCUGUUCCUUUUUCUUAUGUUUAUCUACAUGGACUUAUCCGGGACUCACAGGGAAGAAAAAUGUCUAAGACAUUAGGAAACGUAAUAGAUCCAAUUGAUACAAUCAAGGAGUUCGGCACUGAUGCUUUACGAUUCACGCUUGCUUUAGGAACUGCUGGUCAGGACCUUAAUCUAUCCACUGAGAGAUUGACCUCUAACAAGGCCUUCACUAACAAACUAUGGAAUGCUGGGAAGUUUGUGUUGCAAAAUUUGCCUAGUCAAAGUGAUAUCUCUGCUUGGGAAACUAUACUGGCUUGUAAGUUUGAUAAAGAGGAGGCCCUACUCAGGUUACCUUUACCAGAGUGUUGGGUGGUCUCGAAACUUCAUUGUCUCAUUGACAUGGUCACCACUAGAUAUGACAAAUAUUUCUUUGGAGAUAUAGGAAGAGAAACAUAUGAUUUCUUUUGGGGUGAUUUUGCUGAUUGGUAUGUUUGUUUAAUAUUCUUGUUCUAUGAGGCCUCUUAG